CAUUGUGCAGGUGACACCGACGUUUCUAACCGCACUAACAAUAUACACACGUUAUUUACUGGAAAUAGUCUCAUUUGACAAGUCUCAUUUGACAAGAGAAGCCAUCAUGAACUUCACUACAUAUCCUAUAUACCAUCUAACGGAAAUCGAAAAGACAACGUUGUGUAUUUUCAACGUCUUCUCCAUGGCGUUUGGUCUACUUGGCAACAUAAUGGUUGUUACUGUGUUAAACCUGCAUCAAAACAGUCGCGGGAUGCCCUCGACGAUCAUCUUAAGAAGCUUAGCUGUCUCUGAUAUACUGAUAAUUACUAGCGUACAGCCAUUGUAUGUUUAUUCGUUUUUCUAUAUAGUGGACACAAGUCUUGCUCGAGUAGUGCAGGCGUCUCGCUGGGCCUUAGUUCUAGCUUCGUUACUUCAUCUUCUUGUCGUAUCAGUCGAUCGUUUUCUUGCGAUAUGUAGACCAUAUCUUUAUCAUCAAAAACUGAAACAUACAUGUAGUUGGUGUAUUACAGCGUUGGUCAUAGUCUGGUGUUUCAUAAUAGUCCUUGGUACUGCACUAGCACUGGUUGCUAAAUCAACAGCACGAGUUAUUCAUGGAGUGGUCGGCUUCCUCUGUUUCUUGGUAAUGAUCACUUUAAUCGUAAUUCAUAUUCGACUGUUUAACGUUGCCACAAGGCAUCGCAAGAAAAUUGAAAAGGAACAUGCAGUCAAAAGAGUUGUAAGAUCAAAUUCUACUGAAGAUGAAGAUAGCCAUAAUUCACAAGGAGGAGAAAAGAAACAAAAGCAUCGUCACCUUUUAAGACUACAGUUAACAUUUUUUCAUGAACUAAGAGCGUUUAAAACGACGUCGAUAGUUUGUGGUGCGUUUCUACUCUCCUGGCUUCCUCUACUUAUCAUGGGCUUAAUCUACAUGACGACACGAGACAUGAACGAUAAACAAACAAUGUUACGUAUUUUUCCCUACGUUAACACUUUGGCUUUCUUAAAUUCUGCACAAAAUCCUUUCAUUUAUUCUGUCAAAAUUUACACUUUUCGAGAAUCUCUUCGAAUAAUCACUGGUCGUAUUCGUUCGUUAGCGUAGUGUGAAGUGAGUCCGCAAGUGACUGAAGAUGUCUUUGACAUCUUGUCUAUAGAAUGGCAACGACGCCAGAUUUGUGGAGCAAUAUAUGUCCAAAGCAAAAACUCACGAAAUGAUUUAUCAUUCUAAAAUGACUGCAAUAGUUUAUGCAGUUGAAUUUUGCUCAUUGUUCAGCAAAGUUAGGAUGUAGUAAAUCGGUAAUUAUGAACUGUAUAUGUUAGUAUCGACUCAGACUGAAUAGAAGUAUGAACUGUAUAUGUUAGUAUCAAAACUACAUACUAUAAGGGGCGGCAAAAUUUUAAAGCGAUCCUAUUAUUACAUGACACAAUACAAAAAGCUUUAAUAUUUAUGUGUCACCUGCAAUAUUGCCCGCCGCAACAUAUUUGUACAGUAAGAAAAUUAUGGGAAAGGGCGAAUGAAAACAUUGUCACAACUACUACGCAGAACUCUGUCGUUAAGAGAAAGAGAAUAAUGUGCAAAUAAGAUUAGAUAUGUUUAAUGGUAAAGGUUACUGGAAGGUUAUUUGUAUUGGGCUCUUGCAAGUGCCAAGUGACAUCACAACACGUACUUGUUGACUUCCGCUAUUUUGAGUGGCAAAUUAAAAUAGUUAAAAGCAAACGCAAGCAAGACACAGUGGCAAUGACGGCGGCUCAACCUCUUAAGCCCGCCACACACGAGAGAAACUUGCUGAGCUAACCGCCUCGCGUGGCAGCUAGUUCAGCUAUGUAUUU